CGGGCUGGGGGAACGGAGCGCGGCGGCAGCGGUGGCAUCGGUAGCGGCAGCUGCAACGCCAGAGAACAGAGAACAGAGCCGUCUGGCCAAGCUCCGUCGAGCCGGGGCGCGCGGCUGCGACAGGUGGUCGUCUUGCUUUAGGACGGCUACUAAAGGAUCCGACCUCUCCGUCACCAAGCCGAGAGGACCACAACUCGGGCUGCCUGAGCUGCGUCACCCAAGCGAUGUAAACAAGCGCCAAGGGUUCCGCUCUCCUGGCUUUUGGUCCUUCGAGGAUCGGCCGGCUCCGCAGGCGGCUGCAGCUGGCAGGAUUGUCCUGGACGCCACCGUCCAGUAGAAGCCGAGCGAGAUUCCACGAGGGAUAGAAGAAACCCACUUGAGGAUGACACCUGGCGGGAACUGGGUUUGACCGAUCUGAAGACGGGAGGGUCCGGAGAUAUCCGGAUUUAUUCCAGGAGCGAGAGAGGAGCAGAAGGGAUUGGUCGGAAGCCAAGAGAGGCGGGGAAGGGAGGCGGAGAGACAGAGACCGGGAACGAUCCCUAAGCAUCCCGCUUCUGGCAGGAGACCCAGCCGAUUCGAGAUCUGAAGUUUGGGAGCGAAGCCGAGAAGGGCGAGGCGCAAUCCCGUCUCCGAGGCGAGUCUUCAAUCCCGCCGCUAGGAUGAUCUCCUAAUCGGAGAAAUCCCAAAUGUCUUCGGGAAGACAAGCCUAAUCUGUGGCUUCGUUGGGAGGGCGCCUAAAAAGACUCCAGGUGCGUCGACUGCCUUUGCUCCUUCAAAGGCAGUCGGGACAAUCUCCUUCGGGAGAAGGCAGCCUACGACGCGCUAGAAACCCAGAGGAGGAGCAUAGUCCACUGACAAAACCACCCUGGACAGCGAAAUCAGUUCCCCAGGACUAUGGCAAACGGAAACCUUGCCCACUAAUCCAGCUGACCUCUUAAUCCGUCCUCUCUUGGCCGGCACUGUGACAUUUCAGAGAGGGUUUGCAGCUCCAAUUGCCAGCUCUAGCUGUCAGUUGGGAUCCUGGCGGUUCCCACACCCUCCAGCUGUGGGGCAGCCUUGAUGCUUAGAGCAGGGGUGACACUGUCCAGAGAUGCCCUGGGAAGUGGUCAGUUUCCUGCUGGUGCUCCUUCAACAGUCCUGGACUCUGCAGAAAGCAGAAUUAUCUGAAUGCUUUAUGGUGAAUGGAGCUGAUUAUCGGGGACUGCAGAACAGAACUGCUCCUGGAUCCACUGGAAAGCCUUGUCUCUACUGGAACCAGACACGAGAACAUGCCUACAACACGGCCAAAUAUCCCAAUGGCGAGUGGGGGCUGGGCAGCCACAAUUACUGCCGAAAUCCGGAUGGCGAUGUACAGCCCUGGUGCUACAUCUCAGAAAAUGAAGAAGGGAUCUACUGGAAGUAUUGUGACAUCCCAACCUGCCACAUGCCCGGCUAUGUUGGCUGCUUCCUGGACUCUGGCACUCCACCAACACUAAGUGGGAGCAGUGGCACCUCCACCAAGCUCACAGUGCAAGUUUGCCUCAGUUUCUGCCGCAAGCGAGGCUAUAAGUUUGCUGGAGUGGAAGCUGGUUAUGCCUGUUUCUGUGGCCAUGAAGGGGAUAUCCGGCACAGCCAGCAAGUGAGUGCUGUGGAAUGUGAUCAAGUCUGCUUUGGCAAGUCCAGUGAAUUGUGUGGAGGAGAUGGCCGGAUCGGCAUAUACAAUGUCUCCAUGGGGGCCUGUCAGGGGAACUUCAGUGAUCUGUCUGGAGUGAUCUACUCUCCGCAGUUCCCAGAUGACUAUGAGGCCAACAGCAACUGCAGCUGGGUCCUUUAUCCUGCAGGUUAUGAUUCUAUAGAGCUCAGCUUCCAGAUCUUUGAUGUGCGUGAUCCAAACGACCGCCUAGAGGUCCGGGAUGGACACAGCAAUCUUUUACUGGCCCACUUUGAUGGGCGCCGAAGGCCAGCUGCACCUCUGCUGUUCCCCACGGACUGUCUUUCUCUCUCCUUCCAAUCAGACCAGUUUCUGCAAGCCCAAGGCUUUGCCAUCUUAUAUCGAGGAUUGAAAGCUUCAUCGGUCAACUUACGGACCCUUCCAGGAGAUGGAUCCCGUCUGACCCCUACCUCUUCUGAUUGGCUGAACUCAACCUGGACCUACAGUGCCAAUGACUCUGCCAUUGGGGUAGGAGCUUGGGUGAUGUACUCGGCCACAGGCACCUUCAUCUUAGCUAUCAUCAUUGUCUCAUAUCAUUUGCGCAAGAGGUCUUGCCUUUUUGUACAAAAGAAGACGGGGAAUUCUUUAGUCCCAUUCUCCUCCAAAGGGCCACGGAACCGUUGCCAAUGUCUCGGGGGUGAGGCAUGGGCUGUAGCCUACCGACACACCCGUGUGGUAAUCUGCACAACGCGUGGGGCCCCCCACCACCGUCCCCUGCACAAUGGGAGUGGAGUUGCCGGGGGAGACGACGAGACGUCCUCCGACUGCUCAUGCCUGUGCCACAGCUAUGAGAACCUUUCUUCUACCAACCAGUCCUCUCUCAAAUCUCUCAUCUCCACCAUCUGAGGAGCUCAGAUCCUGCAGUUUGUGACUUUUGCUGUCAGACAGUUAAAGUGGAUUUUCCUUUGUUCAUUAGGGACAAAAACACUGGGGCCUUACAGUGUUUAGCCACUCAAGACAAGCGGCUGUGGCUGUAUGACGUAGUGGAAGUCGAGGCUUUUAGUUGAGAAACAAAUUCCAGAAAGCCAAAGGUCACUGGGUAGCAAGGCUCCGUAACAAUAUCCCCCACAUCACAGCUUUCUUUGAGGCAGGAAAAGCCUGAGGGAGUGGAGACGCUCUUGCCAUGUCUCCCUGGGGAAGGCAUGUCAACUUAAUUUAAUCUCAAAGCAGCCUUUAUGGUACUGGGAUUUUAUAAAAAGGUCCUGUUGGACAAAGAGGACUGGUAGAAACUCCCAUCAUGCCAGAAAUAUUCCCCAAUGGCAUUUUGGAGUAAUGUAGGUUUGUGUGACAACACACUUGUUCCUUAUAACCGAUGGAAGGGGGAAAACUUUGGAAGGAAUGGAGGCCUGGGUAUAGUAUGCUUGAUGAAUUUUUGGACACUGACUAGGGAAAACCAGUUCUCAUGUUGUGGUUGUAUCAUCAGUGAGACAUUUAGCUGCAAACAGUCCGAAGACCUCGAGAUCCAUGGAAACAUUAUUUACUUGGCUUCAGGGAAUUUUGUAGACACACCAAAGAAUGAGGAAAAGGAAAACUAGCUGUCCUUUGUUCCACAGAUACAGGAUGGAUUUUGGAACUCGAAGCCUUCAUUAAAUUAUUUUCAUAUUGGCAA